AUGGUUGCAAUCCCGGCCGCGUCAUUGUCCGUCCAAGGGAUGGUGACCACCAGCAUCUCGGACCAUGCCUGCACUCCCGAGCUGGUGCAACGGACUGGGUGCAACCCCGGCCACGUCAUCGUGCGGCCAAGGGAUGGUGACCACCAGGUAAGGCGAGAAAUCCGUGCGAAGAAAAGGGCAGCUGAUGAGGCGAGAAGGCAUCGUGUGGUGGCCCUUGGCAACGGCACCUCAUGGCCUCGGGUGGUGGAGAUCAAUUUCUUUGGCAACGACACCACAGUGGUGGCAGCGCCAUCGGAGAUUCGCAUCAUGAGGACGGGCAUGUACUACCUCUGGUUCGUCAUCUGUGACAAGAGCAUGGCUGGCGUGUGGCCUCGGGUGGUGGAGAUCAAUUUCUUUGGCAACGACACCACAGUGGUGGCAGCGCCAUCGGAGAUUCGCAUCAAGAGGACGGGCAUGUACUACCUCUGGUUCGUCAUCUGCGACAAGAGCAUGGCUGGCGUGUCUCCUCCCCCCCACCACUCCCCCCCUAGUGGCCGCUGGCCUCGGGUGGUGGAGAUCAAUUUCUUUGGCAACGACACCACAGUGGUGGCAGCGCCAUCAGAGAUUCGCAUCAAGAUGACGGGCAUGUACUACCUCUGGUUCGUCAUCUGCGACAAGAGCAUGGCUGGCGUGUCUCCUCCCCCCCACCACUCCCCCCCUAGUGGCCGCUGGCCUCGGGUGGUGGAGAUCAAUUUCUUUGGCAACGACACCACAGUGGUGGCAGCGCCAUCAGAGAUUCGCAUCAAGAUGACGGGCAUGUACUACCUCUGGUUCGUCAUCUGCGACAAGAGCAUGGCUGGCGUGUCUGUAACGGGGACAACUGUGUGGAAGAACCCCGACGGGUAUCUGCCUGGCAUGAUGGCGCCAUACCUCCUUUUCUACGAGAUCAUGGCUGUGGUGAGUGCUGGUUGCUGUUCAGUGCUCGUGCUCUCCAUGGCCGAAAUGGCCAUCUGGUUCUUCGAAUUUGCCUCCUCUCCCCUCACAAUAACGCUUCCCCUCGACUCACCACAGCGCCUCCCCUCUUCCCCCAACCUUCCGCCCCCCCCCUCCCCCUCUCUCCCCACGACCCCAACACCUCCCCCCUCUCCCUUGUUUCCCGUCAACCAGGUGUACACCAUCCUGGGCGUUGUGUGGUUCGCGCAGUAUUUCCGUUUCUGGCAGGACGGGCUGCAGAUCCACACGUGCAUCACGGCAGUAUACACCAUCCUGGGCAUUGUGUGGUUUGCGCAGUAUUUCCGCUUCUGGCAGGACGGGCUGCAGAUCCACACGUGCAUCACGGCAGUGCUCGUGCUCUCCAUGGCCGAAAUGGCCACCUGGUUCUUCGACUUCGCCCAUUUCAACUCCUCCGGCUUCCGCCCCAUCGGCACCACCAUCUGGGCGGCGACUCUCGGCGCCAUCCGCAAGGCUGUCUCGCGCGUGCUGGUCCUGGUUGUCUCGAUGGGGUUCGGCGUCGUUCGUCCCACUCUCGGCGGGCUUUCUGGAAAGGUGGUGGCACUAGGGGUGGGGUACUUUGCAGCGGUGGAGCUUCUAGACGUGAUGCAGAACGUGGGGGCGAUUGACGAUCUCACGAGCAGCGAGAGGCUGUUCCUGGUGCUGCCGGUGGCGGUGCUCGAUGCCAUCUUCAUCCUCUGGAUCUUCUCCGCGCUCUCUAAGACGCUGGCGCAGCUGCAGGCCAAGCGCACGACGCACAAGCUCGAGCUGUACCGGAAAUUUACCAAUGGGUUGGCGAUCGCUGUGCUCGUGUCGGUUGCCUGGAUAGGCUUUGAGGCCAAGCGCACGACGCACAAGCUGGAGCUGUACCGCAAGUUUACCAACGGGCUGGCGAUUGCUGUGCUCGUGUCGGUUGCCUGGAUAGGCUUCGAGAUGUACCUGCGCACAUCAGACCCGUACAACGAGCAAUGGGAGGGCGACUGGAUCACCGGGUGCUUCUGGCAUGUGCUCACGCUCAUGCUGCUCUGCCUCAUCUGCGUCUUAUGGGCGCCCUCAAGAAACGCCACCAGGAACGCCACCAGAUACGCAUACUCUGAGGAUGUGCCAGAGGAGUUGGGGGAGGAGGAGGUGGCCCUCACGGCAGUAUACGCAUACUCGGAGGAUGUGCCAGAGGAGUUGGGGGAGGAGGAGGUAGCCCUUACGGCAGUGUCGGUUGCUGGUAGUAGCGGUGUUGGUGGUGGUGCAGGAGGGGCAGAGAAGAAGCAAGCAGUGAGCACAGACGUGUUCUCAUUGGACGAUGAGUUGGAGGAGGGGAAGAAAGAAUAA